UGUUUUCGUGUUCGAUAUAUAUCAGGGGUUUAUAGAAAAAAAAUAUUGAGGGAAACCCAAGUUCAAAAUUUGUGACAUUCUUAUAGAAAAUUGUGAGCGCGUUCGUGUGUGAUGGAUGUCGUUUGAUGUCACUUCAAUUCUUUCCGGUUCAAUGGGUCCACGAUUUAUUAUUUAUCCCAAAAUUUUGUUUGAUAAAAGGCUUCAGAUUGUUUAAGGGUUAUACGUAUAUCAUGACAGAAGCUCGUUAUUGAGAGUUAUCAUUCAUGUACAUGUACAUUGUGUAAACAAAGAUUGAGGUGUGUUAUUGUUUACAAAGUUUUGAAAAUGUAUAUGAUUAUCACAUUUCAAGUAUUCUAUAGGUAAGAUGUGCCGUUUAAAAGUCUGUGCAAAAUUAGGAUGCUUUAAAUUUCAAUAGUUUGUUUGUAAACAUAAACAAGGCUGUAGUAUUGUUUACAUAACUCAUGACUGAAAUAUUGAAAUUUUGAAUGAGUUACAUUUUCAAAUGUUAACAUUAAAAAAGCAUGGCUCGGUUAUUUUAGAAUUGUGAUGGCCAUUUUCAUGACACUGAUCUAGUGCUGGAUCUAAAGGGGGCGGUGGUUACGGGAGGAUGCAAUCUCCCCUCUCUAGUAGACCAUCUAAAAAAGUCAAUUUUUUGUUGCUAUUUUGGGGUCUUCAACCUUCCCUUUUCGGGCGGAGAAUGUACAAACUUGGGUCGCAACCUUCUUAUAAAAUGUCCUGGGUCCGCCCCCUUUUGAUCUGGUAACUUGUACAACCCCAUAGCUAUUAAAUGCAUGUACCUCCAGCUAUGCUAUUCAGCAAACACAUACCACUCACCCUGCAUGUAUAGAUAGGCUAAAUUACAAAUCCUUAUAUUGAUGUGAUUGAGUAGGUAUUCGUGAUUAAUAACCUCCGUCGUAUGAUAAAUGCCUGUCCAACUUCAGACGAUAAACACCCAUAUGUACAUAUUCCCCCUGUGAAUAAACUGCAUCUAUGAAUCCCCCUUCACAAUGUCAUCAGCGAUAACUCAGUAGUAAAUAAAUAUUUAAUAUCGGCGGUUGACACAACCGAUUUAAAGUUCACUGAGAAAUUCUUAAAUAUUGGCCAAGUGAAUGUCCUAUUAUCGCCAUGGAUUAAGACUAGCUGGAAACAUGUCGUAAGCACUUUGAGGGAAUUGACAUCGUUUUUACGUAUGCUCAUAAUGACCUAAAAGUCAGAAUCACCCAUGAAAACAACCCUAUAAAGCCAACAGCAUAUCGUGGAGCAUUAACUGCAAGCUCCGGCAGCUGACAUGACCCUCUCAAACACUUUCGUCUUUGUAGUAUUAUUCUAUACGUUCACAGUCUCGGAAUCGUUUACCGGUGUUAAACUUUGGAGAUCAGAUGGAAGGGACAUCGACAAGAAAGAUGAACAUACCAACACCUCCAGAAUCAUUAAUCAAGAAACACAGACAAACGAGGAAGAGGAUAAUACAGGUUUGGUACUGAUUUGGGGAUCACUGUGUGUGAUUUUGCUAGCCGCUUGUGGGAUGUUCGUGACGAUGACCUCAAGGAAAUAUACAGUGAGACAAGUCAAGGAGGGUACGGAUAAACUGACACUGGUAGAAAAUUCCCUAUGUCGAAUAAAACUGACGGAGAACCCCUUAUACAGUAUCAGAUGGGGAAGUACGUUACCCACAAUUCCCGAGGAAGAUCCGGAUGAGUAUAACGUGGCAAUAACCGGGUAUCUCACGUUUCACAAACCGUUAAGGACCACGCCUGUCUCUGACGCUCCCACAGGACUGAAGGGGGGGGAGGUCAAUCAUUGAAAACUUGUGAUUGCUGAGAUCAAGAGGUGCUUUGAGAAUUAAUGUCCAUUUGUGUAUUCUAUACUGCGUCUUGAAGAAAGCCCAAUAUUGACUCUAAUUCCCGGUGAAACACUUAAGAUAUAUUUCAAGUGUAUGAUUAAAACUUUAUUCCAAAUGUGUUGUAUUUAGAAAAUAUUUGCCACAUGAACACUUAUUUAUCUAUUACAUGUAUUUUAUUUUUGUAAAUUUGUAAAAAUUCAUUCUUUAAACAUGUUAAAUACAGUGUAUACAUGUAAGAUAUGCAAUGAUGAAUAUAUAGCUAGAAAUUUUUC